CAAUUUUUUUAAGGUUAUGUUGUUUCGUGCUAGGUUAGGAACAGUUGCCAUUCAGGGCGUGUAAAAUCCGCGUUAUUUUAUCCAAAUUCAGUAUUCAUGUUCGACACAAAAUGGGCAAACAGUGGUGCUACUUUCUUUUCAUGUUGUGGUUUACGUACUUAAUAGUGUCUUCAAUUUUGCUUUUUUCACGAGGAUUUUUACUCUCAAAGAACGCCCAAAAAAGCAACAGCACCUGCAUUUCAUUACCGGAAAUACCCUGUUUACAGAAACAAUCAACCCCGUUAAGUGAAGACGAAAACAACUGCAGCGACAACUCCAAACUAGCAUACGUAUUCGAAAACAUUAAUAGCGCUUCUAGUAUUUGUUUACCCCAAAGAUCUCGUGUAAUUCUAGUCAUAAUAGACGCUUUGCGGUACGAUUUUGCGGUGUACGAUGAUACGCUAAAGAACGCGCAACCGUACCAAAAUAAACUGCCCAUCAUCGACAAAUUAUUGAAGCAGUAUCCAGAAUAUUCACGACUGUAUAAAUUUAUGGCGGAUCCGCCGACUACGACAAUGCAAAGACUGAAGGCGUUGACGACUGGAAGUCUCCCGACGUUUAUUGAUGCUGGGUCGAAUUUCGCAACAAACGAGAUAAACGAAGAUAACAUUAUUGAUCAACUCUUGAGGCAUAAUCUGAGUACUGUGUUGAUUGGGGAUGAUACCUGGGAUGGUUUGUAUCCAAACAGGUUUUUACGGAAAUAUCCGUAUCCGUCGUUUGAUGUGUGGGACUUGGAUACGGUGGAUUAUGGGGUUAAUUCACACAUUUAUCCCGAACUGGAACAAAAGGAUUGGGAUUUUUUAAUUGCGCAUUAUUUGGGGGUGGAUCAUUGUGGACAUCGGUAUGGACCCAAUCAUCCGGAAAUGGAGCGAAAAUUGACUGAAAUGAAUGGUGUGAUAGAGGAUAUUGUUGAUAAGCUUGACGAUAAUACAAUUUUAUUUGUCAUUGGUGAUCACGGAAUGACUGAAACUGGUAAUCAUGGUGGGGACGCUGAGGAUGAAAUAACAUCAGCUUUCUUUAUGUACUCUAAACAAUUAUUGUCGUCGGUACAAAACCACUCCACAGUGGUGAGACAAAUCAGCAUUGUGCCUACUAUGGCAGCCAUAUUUGGCGUGUCUGUGCCCUUUUCCAAUCUAGGAACUAUUAUUCUGGAUGCCCUUCCAGUCAUGAACAACUCAUACAUCCAGGAAUGGCAGUUAUCCCUUUUUUACCUAUGGGGAAACGUCCAACAAAUGAUGAAUUACAUUGAAGAUUAUGCGCAGACGUCUCCAGGCACGUUCAGCGAUUCUGAGCUCAAAGGACUGCGAGCAAAAUACGCGAUCUUAAACAGCAAACUUUUUGCCGUUGAUCAUACAAAUCUUGACGAUUUUGCCGAAAGCGCGGUAAAUUUUUUGACAAACUUGAGAGAAACGUGUGAGAAAGUAUGGAUUCAGUUUGAUUCUUUUUCGAUGACGCGUGGUCUCUUGUUUCUGUUUCUUUCGUUAUUUUUUGUUUAUAUGAUUACGGAUGGUAUCCCGAGUAAUCGUAUACCCGAGAUUUUCAUGAGUUCGUUUUUAACAUGUUCUUACUCAGUGCUAUUUUUAGCCACUUGUGUCUCAAUCAUUCUUUAUCAUUUUAAUUUCGUUGAUCAUUUAAUUUCAACUAUAUUUUUCUCAACGGGAUUAGUAUCUCAGAUUAUGUUAGUAAUGUUGGUGAUACAAAACUGGGAGUUGAUUUCGUUGAAUUGGUACGACCGCAGCAGACGAGAGAAAAUUUUGAACCUAGUUUGUCGCUUAGUUUUAAUAUUUCAUUUAGGCGGUCUGUUUUCUAACAGUUUCGUCGUUGAAGAAUCAUCAGUACUACUAUUUCUCUUGGCUACUGUGAUUUUAAUUGGUAGUUUGAAUGUAUGUCAAAGCGAAGCGAAGAAAAAGAAUAUCAGAAUUCGGUGGAAAUUGUUGAUGAUCGCGUUUGGAAUGUUAAUUCUAGUGAGAAUUUCUAUGUACUUUUGGCGGUGUCGCGAUCGACUUGAACAACCCUGGUGUUACGAAACAUACAACACUUUCACUGCUAAAACUGAAACGACUAAACUCCAGUGGAUAAUUACGGUUAUAACGUUGGCUUUGUUCGUUACCAUCACGAAAGGAUGGUUACGAAAUUGCGGAAAUCUCAACGGAUACAAGUUUACGGUUAUUUUGUUAAAGUACGCACCAACGGUUUUGGUGGUUUGUACAAGUGGUUAUUGGGUGUUGAGCAGAUUACCGAUUGAUGGAAGGAACAAAUCAUUUAGGCCAUGGCAAGCUAAUCUUUUAGCUUGGAUUGUCUACGGCGUGUCGUCAGUAGGAAUACUAACAAUGAUUAUAAAACCUCUUUGCGUUUACAUCUUACCAAGCAACGAUGCUUCCAAUGACACAGAAAGUAACGCCAUCCCGCAUUUGUUCCACAAAGUUAAGAGAUUGUUCAAUGAACCAAACAAGGAGGAUAUUCCAGUUCUGUGCGGUCUCGGUACUGCCUACAGUGCCGUUUUUGUCGCAAUCGGAAUAUAUUUAACCCACUUGUUUGCUCUUCUACACGGAGAUGCAGCCGCUUCAUCCACCGUUAUUAUGUUUCUAGCAUCAGCAUUUGUUCUCAUAAUCACAUCAAUAAUAAGAUUGGAGAAAGCCACAACCGUUGAACAAUUGUUUGAUAUUCCAAACAUGUCACUCUUAGUUUGGGUAAUACUAGCGCAGUAUUUCUUCUACGGCACGGGACAUCAACCCUCCUUCCCGAAUAUAAUCUGGGACGCAGCGUUUGUAGGUACCACAGGAGUAUUUAAACACAACUUUAUCCCCGGCUCUCUAAUCAUUAUUAAUACAUUUUGUUCCCAAAUACUAAUGGGAUUUUUAAUGCCUCUGCAUUUAAUCGUUCCUUUCACCAUUUCUGUUAUGUUACCGUCAAUUACUAGCAAAAAUGUCCUGGAAAAAGAAAAUUUGCGCGGAGAGGUGCUUUUGUACGAACGUAAUGGUUUGAUGCUUACUGUAGCGUUUACGACGUCUUGUAAAUAUAUGAUCUGUCACGCAAUUAGGGUGUUCGCUACCAUGUUGGCGGCUACCAUUCACUGCCGCCACAUGAUGAUUUGGAAGAUAUUUGCCCCUAAGUUAAUUUUUGAGUCAGUUGGAAUGUUCGUCACUUUGGCAACGGUUAAUAUAAGUUAUUUGGUAUUGCUUAGAGUGAAUUCGAAAAUAGACGAAUUUGUAACGUCUUUGAAUAAGAGAUAUAAGUGAUAGUGUCAGUUUGUUUUUUUUUUUUUUUUUGUAAAUAAUUUUCUACUUAGUUCUAUUUAUGUGUGUGUAAACAUAUUGUAAUUAAAUUAA